UGGGGGAUUUAGUUUCUCCGGGGCUUUAGACUCUUCGGCGCAACAAAAAAACCAAAGUUAUUCGCAUUUCACCCACUUUCUGAUUUGAACGAAAAGGCUGCUCUCUCUCUCUCUCUCUCUCUCUCUCUUCCCGAUAGAUAGUUAAUAUAGCAGGCGGUAGAAACCAACCAACACUUUCCAACCAGAUCCGAGAGAGAGAAGAGGGGAACAUGGACAUGAAAAAGAGAAUUCACCUAGAACUGAGAAAUAGGACGCCGUCGGAUGUCCAGGAGCUGGUCCUGGAUAACUGCCGGUCCAAUGAGGGGAAGAUGGAGGGCGUAACGGAGGAGUUUGAGAACCUGGAACUGUUGAGUCUCAUCAACGUCGGCCUCAUCAACGUCUCAAACAUACCCAAACUGGGGAAAUUAAAAAAGUUGGAGCUAAGUGACAACCGGAUAUCUGGUGGUCUGGAGGUGCUGGCUGAGAGGCUGGUCAACCUCACACACCUCAACCUCUCUGGGAACAAGUUCAAGGACAUCAGCACACUGGAACCACUGAAAAAACUUCCCGUGUUGAAGUCCCUGGACCUGUUUAACUGCGAGGUCACCAACCUGGGAGACUACAGGGAGAGCAUCUUCAAGCUCCUCCCGCAGCUCACGUACCUGGAUGGCUACGAUAUCGAAGACUGCGAGGCCUCCGACUCGGACGGCGAAGGAGACGGGAUCGAUGACGACGACGAUGAUGAAGGUAGAACUUAAAUCCGAUUUAGAAAU